GAGCCGGCGAGCGGCCGCUCAGCUCACAGACUUCUGCCGGCCCUCCCGAACAGCGCAGCCGUCUGUUCCGAGACAUAGUGGUGGUAGUGUUCGCCGCUGCAGAAAGCCACCCCGGGCGGCAUGGGGGUGGCGGAGGACUUCGCCCCGAGCUUCACGCAGAAGCCGCAGCUACGGCAGGAAGAUGAGGGCAACCGGCUCAUCUUCGAGUGUCAGCUGCUGUCGUCCCCCAAGCCAGACAUAUGCUGGUUCAGGGGCGACACGCAGCUCGCAGAGGACCACAGGACCGUGAUGCGCACGCAGGCGCUCGGCUCCAACAAGUUCCUCGUCGUUCUCGAACUCGACGAUGUCAUCGAGAGCGACGCGGGCCUCUACAAAGUCAAGGCCAAAAACAAGAUGGGGGAGGUGGCUGCGUCCAUCAACCUCAAUUUCAGCCCGAUCGAUGAACCACGAGAAAAGCAAAUAGAUGGCAUUGCCCCAACUUUUUCCAAGAAACCUGCAAUACGACAAGAAGAAGAUGGGAAGCGGCUUCUGUUUGAAUGUCGAAUUCAAGCUGAUCCCCGACCAACAGUAACAUGGUCUCACAGUGGUACUGUUGUGAAAGAAUCACCGCGACACAGGCUGUCUGUUGAAAAGGAUGGUCAUUCCUACUUUGCAACACUUGAAAUUAAAAAUGUCACUGUUGAGGAUGCUGGCAAAUACAAAGUGACAGCUAAAAAUGAAUUAGGAGAGAGUAACGCAACAAUAAGCCUGAAUUUUGACAGUUCCUUUCUCAAUAUAGGCGAUGAAGCACCUGUACCUGAGGAUGGAAUCAAGCCAACCUUCACAGAGAGACCUGUAAUAACGCAGUCAGAAGAUGGUGCAAAAGUUACAUUCGAGUGCCGACUUGUAGGAGACCCAAAACCUACUAUAACAUGGUACCAUGGCAAGAAAAUGAUAAAGGAAGCUGGGAGAUAUAAGAUGUCUCUUGUACAAGAUCAGAAACUAUAUUAUUUAGCCAGGUUAGAAAUUAGUUCAGUGGAAACUGAAGAUGGUGGUGAAUACAAAGCUGUAGCAAAAAACAAACUUGGUGAAGGUACUGCUUCCAUAAAUUUGAAUUUUGAAGGAGGUGAUAAACCGAAGAUUCCUGAUGGAAAAGCUCCUCGUUUUCCAAAGAAACCAACAAUACGUCAAGAGGGCGAAGUGUUAGUUAUGGAAUGCAUAUUAGAAGCAAAUCCUGUUCCUGAGAUAACUUGGUACCAAGGUUCCAAGAUAAUUUCAGAUAGCAACCGUGUUCGCAUGUCUCGGAAAGCUACAGGCAAAGACACAUAUCUGUUGACACUAGAAAUUUCCGGUCCUACGAAGGAAGAUGGUGGGAACUAUCGGUGUAACGCCUUCAAUAAUUUUGGCGAGAGCAAUGCAAAUAUUGCAUUGAACUUCCAAGGUGGAGAUGAAGGUGGAUUUGCUCCUUCCUUCAUAGAAAAGCCAAGAAUUAUUCCAAAUGAAACUGGCACUCUCAUCACAAUGAGAUGUAAAUGUAAAGCAAAGCCAAAGCCUCAAGUUACUUGGUACCGUGGAACAACAGUUAUCAAAGAAUCAUCUAAAAUUAAGAUACAGACUGUCGAUAAAGAAGAAGAUACCUAUGAACUCACUCUGGAGAUUAAGGAUCCAACUGGACCAGAUGGUGGUAUUUAUCGGUGUCAUGUGAAAAAUGAAUUUGGUGAAAGUAAUGCCAACUUGAAUCUCAACAUAGAAGCAGAGCCUGAACCUGAAGGGGAUGGUCCAACUUUCAUUGAAAAACCACGUAUUGUCUCGGAACAAGGCGGAAAACUUGUCAUCAUGGAAUGUAAGGUCAAAGCAAACCCCAAACCAACAAUAGUAUGGUACAGAGAAGGAAAAGUCGUGAAAGAAUCUUCAAAAAUUUCAAUGAAGGUGGACCAGAAAGGUGACACAUACCACAUCAUUCUGGAAGUGAGGGAUCCUCAAUUGGAAGAUUCUGGGCUGUACAAAUGUAACAUAAAGAAUGACCUUGGAGAACUAAAUGCAAACCUGACACUCAACAUUGAAAUUGUUCCUGUUAUCAAGGAAAAGCCAAAGGUUAUUAAGAUAGUGAAAAAGAAGACUGUGAUUAUUGAAUGCACAGUGCAAUCAAAGUUUGCACCCAAGUGUACAUGGUUCAAGGAGAGAACAGCAGUCAAGGAAGACAACAGACGUUCUGUGCAUGUGGAGCAAGUGAAAGAGGGAGAAUUUUCUGUGAAACUGGAAAUUGCAUCAUGUUCACAAUCAGACAAAGGUACUUACAAGUUGGUUGCAAGAAAUGAAAAGGGAGAGGCAACGUCACAGACUGUGGAAAUUAUUGACAUUCCAGUAGAGGAGGAGGAAAAGGGUCAACCACCAGAGUUUGCUCUGGGUCUCCGCUCUAUUAGCUCGGAAGAGGGAAAAUCUAUUGAAUUUGUUGCAAAGCUGGUUACUAUUGACAAGAAAGUGAAAGUUACGUGGUACAGGAACACGACAAUAAUCAGAGAAUCCUCUGAAAUCAGCACCAGCUUUGAUGGACAGUAUAUAAGAUUAUCAAUCUCAUCAUGUAAAAAAGAACAUUCCGGUUCAUACAAAGUAACUGUUGCCAAUGAAUAUGGAAAAGCAGACUCAUCAGCUGAUCUUAAAGUGAUAGAAAAGAAGAAAGUUGAAGAGAAGAAAAAAGAAGAGGAAAAGAAGGAAGAGAAGCGUGUGGAGAAGAAAGUUGAAGAGAAACCAGAACCAGAAAAGAAAGUGGAGGAAAAAGUUGAGAAAAAGAAAGAACAAAAAGUGCCAGAAAAGAAGGCUGAGGCAAUAAAGAAAGUGGAGCCACAGAAGAAAACUGAGGAAAUCAUUGAGACAAAGACUGAGGAGAAACCACCAGAAAACAAAGUUGAACCAACAAAGAAAUUGGAGCCUCUUAAGCAAACGGAAGAAAUAAUUGACAUAACUAAAGAUGAGGAAGUGCCACAAAAGAAGGCUGACCUCAUAAAUGAGCUAGAACCUGAUAAGAAAGAGGAGAAAAAAAUUGCGAAAAAAGUGGAUGAGAAACCAGUAGAAAAGAAGGUUGAACCUGCAAAGAAAGUGGAACCUGGAAAGAAAGAGGAGAAAAAAGUUGAGAAAAAAGAGGAAGAGAAACCAACACAAAAGAAGCCUGAGCCUAAGAAAGUGGAAACUGUAAAGAAGGUGGAAGAAAAAGUUGAGAAAAAGGAGGAGAAGCCAGCAGAAAAGAAGGUUGAGCCCAUUAAGAAAGUGGAGCCAGAGAAGAAAAAGGAACCAGAGAAAAAGCCUGAAUUGAAGAAGAUAAUUCAACAAGAAGAACCAAAACUGGAAGAGGAUAAAGCCAUUAAAAUAACUGAAUCAAAGAAAGUGGAAUCUGUCAAGAUUGAGGAAACAAGGGAUGUGAGAAGACAAUCCAUUGUCCAGACUGCAGAUGGGAAGGUAGAAGAGGAAGUUAAAGUUCAGUCCAGAAGAUCAUCGACGAUUGAGAAGAAAGUGACUGAAGAAAAGAAAAAAGAAGAAAGAAAAUUGUCUGUUGAUAAACCAGCUGAACCACCAAAGAUUCGUAGAUACGACCCAAUGGCAUAUAUUCCUAGUAGUUCUGAGGAAGAGUCUGAAGAAGAGGUGGAUGAUGGUUUAAGCAAGGAAGAGGAAUCAUUUAAUGACAUAGCUCCGAAGCCUGUGGACAAGUCUAAACCAGGAAUGAAAGUUCCUGAGAUUAAAGCUCCUGAGGGUCCCAAGAUUGAAGUGAUCCGAGAGAAAACACCAACACGAACAGAUAGCAGGAAAGGCUCCCUUGCACCAGGAUCUGGGCCCCCAAGCCGCCGAGGCUCUCUUAUUCCACCAGAAGACCAACAACGAAGGCCAAGUCUCAUUAUCAGUGAUGAGGAAAAUAGAAAAUUACGCCCUGGUGAAGUCCUUGAGGAGAAAAAGCGUAGAAGACCAAGUGGUGAUAUGAGACGUCCAAGUGUGGCGGAACUAGGUGAAAUGAUUGAUAAGCCAUCAACACCUCUGCGCGCUACAGGAAGUCCAGGACCUCCUGUUAUUGUUGACGUGCAGGAGAGCUACUCUGCUGUUGAAGAUCAAACGGGUUAUAUCACUAUUGGUGUUGAAGGAAAUCCAGCACCCACCUUCAAAUUCUACAAGGGAAUGACAGAACUCUUGUACAUAGAAGGAGGUCGGUUUAAAUUUGUAACUGAUGGAGAGACUAAUUCAAUAACUCUAUGUAUAAGGAAGGUGAAACCUAAUGAUGAAGGAAAGUACAAAGUUGUUGUUAGUAAUGAACAUGGAGAAGAUUCAGCAGAAAUGCAGUUGUAUGUGUCAGAUGCCAGUGGAAUGGACUUCCGUGCUAUGUUAAAGAAGCGUAAAUAUGCAAAGUGGGGAAAAGACAAAGAAGAACCUGACUGGGGAGAUCUAAAGGAAGUAGAAAAGGAAGUACCUAAACUAAAGAAAGUCGAAAAGAAACAAGAGUCCUUUUUGAAGCCAUUAGUGGAUCAGGUAGCGAAGGAAGGAAAAGAUAAGAAAGUAGUAUUUGAUGCUGUGUUUUCCAAACCAAAUGCAAAACCAAAGUGGAUGUUCCGGAAAGAUGAGCUGUUUCCUGGCUCAAAAUACAAAUUUGUUAAUGAAAAUGAUGUGUACAAACUUAUCAUUAACAUGCCCAAAGUUGAAGAUACUGGAAAAUAUACUGUAGAAAUUGGAGGUGUUUCAUGCACUGCAUUCUUAAAUGUUGAAGAGGCUGAACCAGUAUACUCAUUUUUGAAACCUUUAAGCAAGAAAAUAGAAGGUUUCACAAAGCAUGAAACAUCCAUGGAAUGUACUGUUAGCAGCAGCAUGGCUAUUAUACAUUGGUACAAAGGAAACACAAAACUUGAGGAGGGAGAUAAAUAUGAAAUGAGCAAGGACUUAGCUGGUAUCUGCCGGUUGACAAUCAAGAAUUGUGAACUUACUGACAGUGGUGAAUAUUCGUGCCGAAUUGCUAAGCAGGAUGAUAAAACCACGACAACAGUUAAAAUAAUUGAAUAUCCUUACAAGUUUGUAAAAGUGUUGAAGAGUCAACAGAUAACAGAAAAGGAAACUGUCACAUUACUUUGUGAACUUGAUGAUGCCGGAGGGGAAGUUACAUGGAUGAAAGGUGAUGAAGAAGUGAAACCAGAUAAAAGAAUACAUAUUGUGAAAGACGGAAGGAAGAGAAAGCUUAUAAUUAAGGACUCCAAAGUAACAGAUUGUGGAAUGUAUUCCUGUGUCAGUAAUGCUGACAAGACAGAGGCUGAACUAGUUAUCCAGUAUCAAAAUCGUUUCAACAAGAAACUUAAAGACACCACUGUGGUAGAACGAGAAAAACUUGUGCUGGACAUUGAACUUCAGGAUCAGACUGCUCCAGCUGAAUGGUUUUUCAAUGGAGAACCAAUCAAGGAAUCUGAUAGAAUACAAAUUAAGAAUCUGGGAGGAGGCAAGCACCAACUCAUUUUCAAUCAAGUUCAGCUUGACGAUUCUGGAGAAAUACGGUGUGAAUCUGGAAAACUGUCAUCAACUGCAAAAAUUACAGUCAAGAAAGGUGAAGCGAAACCAGUUAUAGAUUUCCCUGAUGAAGUUGAUGGCCCUUGUAAUAAACCUAUAAUAUUUGAGGUCCCAUACAAAGUGGAAGGAACAAGGCAGUCACAGAUAGAAGCAAAACUGUUAAAGGAUGGUAAACCUCUACCUCUGAAGGAUGUGGAUGUUGUUGUAGCUGAAGACAAAAUAAUAUAUAAAAUCAAGAAACCAGCUAGAAAUUUGUCUGGCCCAUACCAGAUAAAGAUUUCGAACUCACAGGGAGAAGCUGUGCAGAAUGUGAAGAUCAAUAUGCAAGAUGUUCCAUCACCGCCAAGGGAUGUAACUGUUACAGAAAUAUUCCAGAAUUCAUGUGUUGUUAAGUGGAAACCAUCUGCUGAUGAUGGCGGAACCCCCCUUGUUCAUUAUGUUGUUGAACGCCUGGAUAUGAGUGUCAAAGGUGGUUGGGACAGUGUUGCUGAAAUCACACCUGACAAGCCCACAGUUUUUAAGUGUGAGGACUUAGUUCACAAAAGAGAAUAUAAAUUCCGUAUACGAGCAGUAAACAAACUGGGCUCUUCUGAACCAGCACUUUUUGCUAAACCAGUAUUGGCAAAAGAUCCAUGGGAUGAGCCAAGCAAACCAAACAAUGUGGAGGUUGUGGACUGGGAUAAAGACCAUGCUGAUCUAAAGUGGACAAAACCUGAAAAUGAUGGUGGAGCUCCAAUAACUGGAUAUGUUAUUGAGUUUAAAGAAAAGUUUGGAAAAGACUGGCAAACUGGAAAAGUACUGGAUGGUGACAUAACUGCUGCUACCAUCGAUGGUCUGAAGGAAGGAACACAGUACGAGUUCCGCAUUAGAGCAGUUAACAAGGCAGGACCUGGAGAACCUAGUGAUGCAACAAAACCAAUUAUAGCAAAGGCAAGAUUUGUGAAACCAUUUAUUAUUGGUGAUGGGUUAACCAACAUUGUUGUAAGGAAAGGACAAGUUAUAAAAUACGAUAUAAAGUAUGGUGGUGAGCCAGAACCAGUAGCACGUUGGGAAGUUGAUACAAAGGAAAUUGUAGAAGACAAAGAAGAACGCAUUACCAUUGACAAAUAUGAGAGAAACACAGUGCUUACUGUAAGGAGAACAAGUAGAGCUGACAGUGGAAAAUAUAAAUUAAUAUUGAAAAAUGACACAGGCAUUUGUGAAUCUGUGGCUGAUGUUGUUGUCUUGGACAAACCCUCGAUGCCUAUGGGACCAAUGAAGGUUGAGGAAGUGAGAGCAAAUCAUGUGAAGGUUAAGUGGGAGAAACCAGAGGACAAUGGAGGAACUGAAGUUACUGGAUAUGUAUUAGAAAAGAUGGAUCUGGAUACAGGACGCUGGAUUCCAGCUGGAGAGGUGGGCCCAGAUAAAAACACUUUCACAUUUGAUGGCCUGACACCAAAGAAAAAAUAUAAGUUUAGAGUAAAAGCUGUUAACAAGGAAGGAGAAUCUGAACCACUGGAAACGGAAGGAGCUAUACUGGCUAAGAAUCCAUAUGAUGAACCUGGGCGUCCUGGAAAACCUGAAAUAUUUGAUUAUGACAACAAGAGUGUCAGCUUAAAAUGGGCUAAACCAGAAAGUGAUGGUGGUCGCCCUAUAACUCAUUACACUAUUGAGAUGAAAGACAAAUUUUCUGUAGACUGGGUAGAAGUCUGUAAAACACAAGAUAGUACAUGUGAGGCAAAAGUUGAAGACCUGAAAGAAAGAAUGGUGUACCAGUUCCGUGUCCGUGCCCACAAUAAGGCUGGUGCAAGUGAGCCAAGCGAACCCACUGACACCCAUGUCUGCAAACACAAACACUUGAAACCAAGAAUCGAUCGCACAACAUUCAAGAGUGUUACAAUCAAGGCUGGCCGAACUCAUAAAUGGUCUGUGGACAUAUCUGGUGAACCACCACCAGCAGUUACAUGGCUUUGGAAAGAUUCUGUUAAGCUUGUACCCACAGAAAAAAUUAAAAUCGAUAAUGUCGAUUAUCAUACUGAUUUUACUAUUAUAAACGCAGUUCGCCGAGACACGGGAAAAUACACUCUGAUUGCAGAAAAUGCUUCAGGGAAGGACCAGGAGACAGUGGAGUUGACAGUUCUUGGCAAGCCAAGUGCUCCACAAGGACCACUUGAAGUGAAAGAUGUUACCAAAACUUCAGCCAAAGUUAAAUGGCAAAAACCAGAAGAUGAUGGUGGUUGCCCAAUAAAAGAGUAUGAAGUAGAAAAAAUGGAUCUGGCAACUGGAAAAUGGGUUAGAGUUGGUCGAGUUCCUGGAGACCGGGAGAAUCCUGAAAUGGAGAUCACAGGAUUAGAACCGGGUGCUGAAUAUAAGUUCCGUGUGACUGCAGUUAAUGAUGAGGGUGAUUCUGAACCGCUUGUUACUGAAAAGGGAACUAUUGCAAAGAAUCCUUUUGAUGAGCCUACAGCACCUGGUACUCCUGAGAUAACAGAUUAUGAUAAUGAAAGUGUAGAUUUGAAGUGGACUAAGCCUGAAAGUGAUGGCGGUGCACCAAUUGAAAAAUACAUUAUUGAGAAGAAAGACAGGUUUAAGCCAGACUGGGAGAAAGCUAUUGAAGUUCCUGGAGACCAGUUAACAGCAAAAGUGCCUGACCUUAAGGAAAGGGCAGAGUAUCAGUUCCGAGUAGUUGCAGUAAAUAAAGCAGGGCCAUCACCAGCUUCAGAACCAACAAAGACACAUCUUGUCAAACAUCGAGCAUUGAAGCCACGUAUUGAUCGAACAAACCUGAAGCCAAUUGUUAUUAGAGCUGGGAAAAGUGUCAAAUAUGAUGUCAAUAUUCGUGGUGAGCCUCCUCCAGAUGUUAAAUGGUUUCUGCAGGAUACUGAGGUGAAAUCAGAGGGCAACUAUGAAAUAAUAAAUGUUGACUACAAUACCAAGUUUUCACUUAAUGAUGCAGUUAGGAAAAACUCUGGAGUGUACAAAAUUGUUGCAGAAAAUCAACACGGGAAAGAUGAGGCAGAAGUUGAGAUUACUGUACUUUCUGCACCAUCUAAACCGAAAGGACCCUUGAAAGUCUCUGAUGUUACAAAGAAUAGUUGCAAACUGAAAUGGGAGAAACCAGAGGAUGAUGGUGGAAAACCAAUUACUGGGUAUGUUGUUGAAAAACUUGACAAAGAGACUGGGAGGUGGGUGCCUGUGGGAAGAACAUUGGAGCCAGAGAUGGAUGUGAAGGGCCUGCAAGAAGGACACGAAUACCAGUUCCGAGCCCGUGCUGUGAAUGAAGAGGGUGAAAGUGAACCUCUUGAGACAGAACGUGCAACUUUAGCCAAAAACCCAUUUGAUAUCCCUUCAAAACCAGGAACUCCAGAAAUUGUUGACUGGGAUGUUGAUCGUGUUGACCUUAAGUGGAAAGCACCAAAGAGAGAUGGUGGUGCUCCUAUUACUGGAUAUGUCAUAGAGAAGAAAGAAAAAUUCAGCAGCUCAUGGGAUGAAAUUCUAACCACAACUUCACCUGCAACAGAAGCCCGAGUUCCAGGGUUGAAGGAGGGUAAUCAAUACCAGUUCCGUAUAAGAGCUGUCAAUAAAGCAGGUCCUUCAGAGCCUAGCGAUUCAACAAAACCACACAUUGCCAAGGCCAGGUUCUUGAAGCCACUAAUCAACCGUGAGAAAUUGCAGAAGGUUACUGUACGAGCUGGUCAGUUUGUGAAGUUUGAUGUUGAUGUUAAGGGCGAGCCACCUCCAGUUAUCACGUGGAGUUUUGCUAACAAAGUUCUGGAAAAUGGGCCAACUGUAAAAAUUGAAAAUGAAGAUUAUAACACAAAACUGACAUUGUCAGAUACAACAAGGAAAAACACUGGAACAUAUACCAUCAAAGCUGAAAAUGACUCUGGGAAAGAUGAAGCCACAGUCGACGUUAUUGUUCUUGACAAGCCAGGGAAGCCAGAGGGCCCAUUGGAAGUUAGUGAUGUCCACAAAGAAGGCUGCAAGCUGAAAUGGAGCAAGCCAAAGGAUGAUGGUGGUCUUCCACUAACAGGAUAUGUUCUUGAGAAAAUGGAUACAACUACAGGUCGCUGGGUUCCAGCUGGCUUUGUAGAUCCAGAGAAAACUGAGCAUGAGGUUACAGGAUUAGAACCCAACAAGAAAUAUCAAUUUAGGGUUAAGGCUGUGAAUGAGGAAGGUGAAUCUGAACCUCUUGAAACUGAUACAGCCAUUCUUGCAAAGAAUCCAUAUGAUCCUCCAUCUGCACCUGGCUUACCGGAGAUUGUAGACUGGAAUGAAAACAUGGUGAAACUCAAAUGGGAACGUCCAAUUCGAGAUGGCGGUGCUCCAAUCACUGGUUACGUAAUUGAAAUGAUGGACAAGUAUGGAGGUGCUUUUGUCAAGUGUGCUGAGAUACCUGGAAAUGUUUGUGAGGGGACAGUUCCAAAAUUAGAGGAAGGUAACCAGUAUCAAUUUAGAGUAAGGGCAGUUAAUAAAGCAGGCCCAGGAGAUCCCAGUGAGGAAACAAAUCCACACACUGCCAAAGCAAGAUUCUUGAAACCACGUAUUGAUCGCACCAAUUUACAGAAUAUCACUUUGAAAGUUGGGUUGACUGUGAGUCUUGAUAUAAAUAUUAUUGGUGAGCCACCACCAGAAGUCACUUGGUACUUCAAAGAUAAGGAACUAAAGACUGAAGAUCAAAUUCGAAUUGAUAACAUAGACUACAAUACAAAAUUCUUCAUAAUGAAAGCAAUGAGAGCCCACACAGGAAAAUAUAAAAUUGUAGCUAAAAAUUCUGUGGGUGAAGAUUCUGCUGAAAUUGACAUUACAGUAUUAGGAAAACCAACGAAACCAAAGGGUCCAUUAGAUGUAUCCGACGUCACAAAGAAUGGUUGCAAGUUGAAAUGGCAGAAACCAGAUGAUGAUGGCGGAAGUCCUAUAGAGUAUUAUGAAAUAGAGAAGCUGGAUCCAUUGACUGGGCAAUGGAUCCCUUGUGGGCGCUCAACGGAACCUGAGGCUAAUAUUACUGGAUUGCAGGAAGGAAAGCCUUACAAAUUCCGAGUGAAGGCUGUGAACAAGGAAGGUGAAUCAGAAGAACUGGAGACUGAGAAACCAAUCAUCGCCAAAAAUCCAUUUGAUGAACCAAGCAAGCCUGGACGACCUGAACCAAGAAAUUGGGAUAAGGACUUUGUUGAUUUGGAAUGGUCCAAACCAAAGAGUGACGGUGGAGCUCCAAUAGAAAAAUAUAUUGUUCAAAUGCGUGACAAGGAAGGACGAAACUGGGUUGACGCGUUAACAGUUCCUGGAGACAGGACUGCUGGACGUGUCACUGAUGUCGUUGAAGGACAUGAAUAUGAGUUCCGAGUUGUUGCAGUCAACAAGGCUGGUCCAAGUGAACCCAGUGAUGUCUCAAAAUCAGUUGUAGCAAAGCCCCGCUUCCUGGCACCAUAUAUUGAUCGUAAAAACUUGCAAAAGAAAGUGCUACGUAGUGGCCAGUUGUUACGAAUUGAAGCUGAUGUCAAGGGUGAACCACCUCCAAAGAUUACGUGGACUCUCAAGGAAACAGUACUGAAGUCCCAUGACAGACUGAAAAUUGAAAAUGAAGAUUACAAAACAACAUUCAUCCUCCAGAAAGUAAAGAGAGCAGAUACUGGAGUUUACACUGUAACAGCAAAGAAUGAUUCUGGAGUGGAUUCUGUUGAUGUUGAAAUUUCUGUACUGAGUAAACCUAGUAAGCCCAAAGGUCCACUAAAAGUAUCAGAUGUUACUGCAGAAGGCUGCAAACUUAAGUGGGACAAACCAGAAGAUGAUGGUGGUGAACCAGUUGACCAUUAUGUUAUUGAACGUAUGGAUACUGAAACAGGACGCUGGGUACCAGUUGGUACAAGCAAGACUCCUGAAGCUGAGGUUUCUGGGCUAAAUGAAGGAAAAGAAUACCAGUUCAGAGUCAAGGCUGUCAAUGCUGAAGGAGAAUCUGAACCGCUAGAAACUGAUGUACCAACAUUAGCCAAGAAUCCAUACAGUGAACCAGACAAACCAGGUAAACCAGAAGUACGUGAUUGGAAUAAACAUCAAGCUGAUCUUAAAUGGGCACCUCCAAAGUCUGAUGGAGGAGCUCCAAUCACAUCAUACAUUAUUGAAAAGAAGGAUCAAUACAGCUCUAAAUGGCAAAAAGCAGUUGAAGUUAUUGGGAACAAGUGUGAAGCAAAAGUGCCAGACUUGGUGGAAGGUAUGAAAUAUGUGUUCAGAGUACGAGCAGUUAAUAAGGGUGGUCAGAGUAAACCCAGUGAGCCAAGUGACACCGUCCUUGCAAAGGACAGAUUUGCUCCUCCACGAAUUGACCGCAGCACAUUAAAGGAUACAGUUAUUAAAGCAGGUCAGAUGAUUCGCUUUGAUGUAAAAAUAAGUGGUGAACCACCACCAUCUAAAUCAUGGUUCCUCAAUAAAGCACGGCUUGAAUCAAAAGAUGAUAUUUCUAUUGAAAGUGAAGAAUAUAGAACAAAAUUACUUAUUCAGACUGCCACAAGACAGCACUCUGGAACGUAUCUUAUCAAGGCUGAAAAUAACUCUGGGAAGGAUGAAGCUGCUGUGGAGAUUACUGUACUCGACAAACCAAGCAAGCCAGUGGGACCACUCAAGAUUUCAGAUGUUCAUAAAGAAGGAUGCAAUCUGAAAUGGAAUGCUCCAGAAGAUGAUGGUGGAUCUCCAAUUGAGCAUUAUGUUGUUGAGAAAAUGGACACUGAAACAGGUCGUUGGGUUCCUGUGGGUAGAUCCAAAGAACCAAAUAUGGAAGUAGCAAAUCUGGUGCCUGGACAAGAAUAUAAAUUCCGUGUCAUGGCUGUGAAUGCAGAAGGCGAAUCAGAACCAUUAGAAGCUGACCAGGCUAUUGUUGCCAAGAAUCCAUAUGAUGAACCCGAUGCACCAGGAGCGCCAGAACCCACUGACUGGGACAAAGAUCAUGUAGACCUGAGAUGGACCCCACCAACCUCAGAUGGUGGGUCUCCAAUCACAGGCUACAUUAUUGAGAAGAGAGAGAAAGGCUCACCACGCUGGACAAAGGCCGGGGAGGUCAAAGGUCCUGAAUGCAAGGGCACUGCUGAUAACUUAGAAGAAGGUGUUGAGUAUGAAUUCAGAGUGAAAGCAGUGAAUGCAGCAGGACCCAGUGCUCCUAGUCAGGCUAGUAAGCCUGUUGUUGCCAAGCCUAGAAAAUUGGCACCGAAAAUUGACAGACGUAAUUUACGCAACAUCACCGUCCGUCAAGGUGAGCCAAUACUGUUUGAUGUGAAGAUUAUUGGAGAACCUCCACCAGAUGUCACAUGGACACUGAAUGACAAGUCAAUUCAACAAACAAGUACUCGUAGAAUAGAAAAUGUGCCAUAUAAUUCCAAGUUCUUUAAUGAUGAACCUGAUCGAAAGGACAGUGGCAUUUAUAAAAUAACAGCUGUCAACAAAUAUGGCUCUGACACUGCUGAAGUUGAAGUCAAUGUUGUGUCCAAACCUGGUAAACCAGAAGGUCCUCUGGAAGUGUCAGAUGUCCACAAAGAUGGCUGUACUCUCAAAUGGAAGAAGCCAAAGGAUGAUGGAGGUGAACCAAUUGAGACAUAUGUUGUUGAGAAAUUUGAUACAGAUACUGGUGUGUGGCUGCCAGUUGGCCGAAGCAAGGAGCCACAGAUGGAAGUAACAGGUCUUAUUCCUGGACAUGAUUAUCAGUUUAGAGUCAAGGCUGUCAAUAAAGAAGGUGAAUCUGAGCCUUUGGAGACACUGUCACCUACAACAGCUAAGGAUCCCUUCACUGCUCCUGGUACUCCUGGUGCCCCAGAACCUGUUGACUGGAGCCAGAACCAUGUAGACCUGGUAUGGAAAGAACCUGCUCACGAUGGUGGUUCACCAAUCACUGGUUAUAUUAUAGAAAAGAAAGAUAAAUACAGCAUGAUGUGGGAAAAAGCUUUAGAGACUGAAAGUCCAACACCACAAGCUGUGAUUCAUGGUCUAAUUGAAGGCAAUGAAUACCAGUUCCGUGUCAUUGCUGUAAAUAAAGCAGGUCCUGGUGAACCUGGAGAAGCAAGCAAAAACUUCGUUGCGAAGCCUAGAUUCUUGGCACCAAGGAUAGACAGGAGAAAUUUGCGUGAUGUGACAUUAUCUGCAGGAUCGACACUGAAGUUUGAUGUCAACAUUAUUGGAGAACCCCCACCAAAUGUGGAGUGGCGGUAUGGCAGCAUUCCAUUGAAGUCAUCCAAGACAGUGCAAGUUGAUAAUGUGGAUUAUAAUAGCAAGCUUGUAAUCCGUCCUGUACACCGUGGUGAUUCUGGUGAAUAUACAAUAACAGCCACAAAUACAUCUGGAAAGGAUUCGGUGACUGUGAAUGUGACUGUCACAGACAAACCAACUGCUCCAGAAGGACCACUUCAGGUAUCUGACGUCCACAAGGAAGGAUGUAAACUCAAAUGGAAGCGACCAAAGGAUGAUGGAGGUACUCCAAUCGAAUAUUACCAAGUUGAAAAGAUGGAUCCAGAGACAGGCUGUUGGGUACCUUGUGGAAGAUCCAAUGAACCAGCUAUGGAGGUCACUGGAUUAACACCUGGGAAGGAAUAUAAAUUCCGUGUAGCUGCUGUGAAUUCAGAAGGUGAAUCAGAACCAUUGGUAGCUACAGAGACCAUUGUGGCUAAAAAUCCGUUUGAUGAACCUGGAAAACCUGGUGAUCUAAAAGCUACAGACUGGGACAAAGACCAUGUUGAUCUGAAAUGGACACCACCAAAGGAGGAUGGAGGCUCACCUAUCACUGGCUAUGUUGUAGAGAAGAAAGACAAGUAUGGACAGUGGGAGAAAGCUCUGGAGGUUCCAGCAGGACAGACAACUGCCACUGUGCCUGACCUAAUUGAGGGACAGCCGUAUGAGUUCAGGGUUCGUGCUGUAAAUGCUGCUGGACCAGGUGAACCUAGUGAUGCCACACCAACAAUUAUUGCCAAGCCACGUAAUCUUGCUCCAAAAAUAGAUCGAACAAAUCUGAUAGAAGUAAGAAUCAAAGCAGGUCAAAACUUUGGAUUUGAUGUCAAAGUUAGUGGAGAACCUCCGCCAACAACAAAAUGGCUGUUACAAGGAAAAGAAGUGAGACCAUCAGACAGAAUUAAAGUUCAGCAUGCAGAAUAUAAUACAAAAAUUAAUGUGAGAAUGGCAACAAGAGCUGAGUCAGGAAAGUAUAAAAUUGUGGCAGAGAACAUUAAUGGGCGUGAUGAAGCAGAAGUAAAUGUAAUUGUUUUAGACAAACCAAGCCCACCUGGUGGUCCACUGAAGGUAUCCGACAUUCAUGCAGAGGGUUGCAAGUUAGCCUGGAACCCACCAGCAGAUGAUGGCGGUCAGCCUGUUGAAAAAUAUGUUGUUGAAAAGAUGGACGAAGCUUCAGGAAGGUGGGUACCUGCAGGAGAAACAGAGGGUCCUCAGACAUCUCUAGAGGUUGAUGGGCUCACUCCAGGACACAAAUAUAAAUUCAGAGUCCGUGCUGUCAACAAGCAAGGAAAAUCAGAACCAUUAACAACAGCACAAGCAAUUGAGGCAAAGAAUCCAUUUGAUGAACCAAGUCAGCCAGGAACUCCAGAAAUUACAGAUUAUGAUAAAGAUUUUGUUGAGCUGAAAUGGUCAAAGCCAGAAAAAGAUGGAGGGUCACCCAUUACUGGCUACAUAAUUGAAAAGAAGGACAAAUAUAGUCCAAACUGGGAGAAAUGCGCUGAGGUGGAAGGUGAUGUUACAACAGGCAAGGUUCCAGAUCUUAUUGAGGGCAACCAAUAUGAAUUUAGAAUUCGUGCAGUUAACAAAGCAGGGCCUAGUGAACCUAGUGCACCAACAAAACCACACACAGCACGACCAAAGAACUUGGCUCCACAUAUUGACAGAAAUGCUUUGCUGGAUAUUAAAGUACGGGCUGGACAGAACUUUGAAUUUGAUGUGCCAGUUAUUGGUGAACCACCACCAAACAAACAGUGGUCUCUCAAAGGGGAUGCAGUGAUUAACACUGAUAGAAUCAAAGUUGUCAAUGAAGAUUACAACACAAAACUUCGAGUGACUGAUGCAAAAAGGGCAGAUAGUGGCACAUACACAAUUACUGCAAAGAACAUCAAUGGUGUGGAUACUGCAACAGUUAAUGUUACAGUGCUUGAUGUUCCAACACCACCUGAAGGGCCCUUGAAACCAGACAAUGUAACAAAAUCAUCUUGCUCAUUGUUUUGGAGACCUCCAAAGGAUGAUGGUGGUUCUGAAAUAACACAUUAUGCAGUGGAAAAACUUGAUACUGAAAAUAUGCGUUGGGUGCCUGUAGGUGAAUGUAAUGGAACUUCAAUGAGGGUUGAUCAUCUGAUAGAAGGGCAUGACUAUAAUUUCCGGGUUCGUGCAGUUAAUAAGCAAGGAGAAUCUCAACCAUUGACUGGAACUCAGACUAUAACUGCAAAAGAUCCUUUCUCCAAGCCUGACAAACCUGGAACACCAGAACUAGUUGAUUGGGAUAAGGAUCAUGUUGACCUUGAAUGGACUGCACCUAAAAAGGAUGGUGGUUCACCUAUAACCUCCUACAUAAUUGAGAAGCGCACAAGAUUUGGGCCAUGGGAGAAAGCUGCAGAAGUUCCAGGUAACCAGACAAAGGGAACAGCACCAAACUUAACUGAAGGCGAAGAAUAUGAAUUCCGCGUCAUUGCUGUAAACAAAGGAGGUCCAGGUGAACCUAGUGAACCAUCAGCUUCUGUUGUUGCCAAGCCAAGAUUCCAGAGUCCUGUGUUUGACAAAACACUUCUACAGGAUCUCAUUGUACGUGCUGGUCAGAGAAUAAAUUACACAAUCCCAAUAGAAGCUUCACCAAAGCCUACAGCUACAUGGACUGUCAAUGGCAAGAAAGUGGAACCUGGUGUCCGAGCUGAUAUCCAUACAACUACUAAGAGUACUGUGUUUGAAAUAUUGUUCUCUGUGCGAGCUGAUACUGGUCGUUACACUCUCACUUUGGAAAACAAAUAUGGACAGGCAUCAGCAUCAGCUAAUGUCACAGUACUUGAUCGCCCAUCGCCACCUGAAGGUCCCCUCAUUGUGAGUGAUGUGACAAAAGAAAGUGCACGUCUAUCAUGGAAAGUUCCACUGGAUGAUGGUGGCAGCCCUAUUCUCCAUUAUGUUAUUGAAAAAAUGGACGUGUCUAGAGGAACGUGGUCAGAUGCAGGGAUGUCUACAUCACUGACUCAUGAAGUAACUCGUCUCGUUCAUCGUAAGGAAUAUCUCUUCCGAGUGAAAGCAGUAAACAGCAUUGGAGAGUCAGAUGCUCUUGAGACAGUGAAGGGUGUAAUUGCGAAGAAUCAGUUUGAUGAACCUGAUGCACCUGGUAAGCCUCUAGUCAUGGACUGGGACAAGGACCAUGUUGAUUUGGAAUGGACAGCUCCAAAAUCUGAUGGUGGAGCACCCAUCACAGGCUACAUUAUUCAGAAAAAAGAAAAAGGAAGUCCAUAUUGGGUGAAUGCUGUGCAUGUUCCAGCAAAUAAAACUAGUGCAACUGUGCCAGACUUGACAGAAGGUCAGGAGUAUGAAUUCCGUGUUGUAGCAACAAAUUCUGCUGGUCAGAGUGAACCCAGUGAGCCUUCAGACACUGUAACUGCAAAAGCUAGAUACUUGGCACCAAAGAUUAAAACUCCACUAAAUGACAUACGCAUUAAGGCAGGACAGAUAUUCCAUGUUGAUAUAGACUUUAUUGGUGAACCUCAGCCUGAAGUAACAUGGACUGUUGAUGGGAAACCAUUGAAGACAGAUGAAAGAACAACUAUCACAUCAAUUGGCUACCACACAAUUGUACACACUGUCAGUACAAAGCGAUCAGACAGUGGAUUAUACCACCUGCAGUUGCGAAACAACUCUGGACUUGAUGAAGGAUCAUUCCAAGUAAUAGUGUUAGAUCGCCCAUCUCCUCCAGAAGCACCAUUAGAAUAUGAAGAAAUUACAAGUUCCAGUGUUACUCUUUCUUGGAAACCACCAAAAGAUAAUGGAGGCAGUGAAAUAACGGGCUAUGUCAUUGAAAAGAGAGACCUUACACAUGGUGGUGGAUGGGUUCCAGCUGUAAAUUAUGUGAAUCCCAAAUAUAAUCAUGCCACAGUUCCACGCCUUCUUGAAGGGACAAAGUAUGAAUUCAGAGUUUCAGCUGAGAAUCUUCAAGGCCGCUCUGAGCCCCUGAACACUACAAAGCCUGUAGUUGCAAAGAACCAAUUUGAUGUUCCUGGACGACCAGGUAAACCAGAGGGUGUAGACAGUGACAAAGAUCAUAUCAAAAUCAAAUGGACACCUCCAAUUAGCAACGGUGGUUCACCAAUUAUUGGUUAUGAUGUAGAGCGGCGAGACCGUAAGACAGGAAGGUGGAUAAAAGUUAACAGGGAACCUGUUAGGCAAACUGAGUAUUAUGAUGACAGUGUACAAGAAGGGCACCAGUAUGAGUAUCGUGUAUCAGCUGUAAAUGCAGCUGGUCCAGGGAAGCCCAGUGAUACAUCACAAGUUCUGAAUGCUAAGUCAAUGAGAGAAAAGCCAAAACUUUAUCUAGAUGGCCUGAUUGGUAGGAAGCUAAAGGUUCGCGCAGGUGAACCGAUAAACAUACAGAUCCCACUGUCUGGUGCUCCACUACCAACAGUAGAAUGGACCAAAAAUUCUAUAAAACUUCCAGAAUCUAAUAGAAUAACAGCUGAAACAGCAAGUGACAAUACUCAUUUACGUAUUGAUUCUUCAACUCGUAAUGAUUCUGGAAAAUAUACUGUCACAGCAAAGAAUGAUUUUGGAAAGGACUCAGCUGAUAUAGAGGUAAUCGUGGUUGAUAAACCAGGUUGUCCUAAAGGACCUCUUCAGUAUACGUCUGUAUCCCAGGACAGUGUUUCUCUUGCCUGGAAUCCACCUGCAGAUGAUGGUGGAGGUGAUAUUACAGGCUAUGUAGUUGAAGUAGCUGAGUUUGGUACUGACAGCUGGCGGCAGGUUCCAGGGUUCUGUCCAAAACCAGCAUUUACAGUAAAGUCUCUGACUGAAGGCAAACGAUAUGUAUUCCGUGUACGUGCAGAAAAUAUUUAUGGCCUUUCUGAACCAUUGGAUGGCAAGCCAGUGGUUGCCAAGAGCCCAUUUGAUCCACCAGAUGCACCUGGUCAGCCAGAAAUCACAUCCUACAGCCCCAACAGUUGCAAUCUCAGCUGGACACCACCUCAGAAUACAGGAGGAAAACCAGUAACAGGUUACUAUGUUGAGAAACGUGAACGUGGUGGUGAAUGGAUAAAAGUAAACAAUUAUCCAACACCAAACACCAGUUACACUGUUCAGGAUCUUCGAGAAGGAAAUAGAUAUGAAUUCAGAGUUGUAGCACUGAAUGAAGCUGGUCCUGGCAAACCAAGCAAGCCAACAGAACCACUUACAGCUCAAGCACAAAGAUUGAAACCAGAUGCCCCUGAACCUCCCAAACCAGAUCGUGUAACUAAAGAUAGUGUAACUCUAUCCUGGAGACCGCCACGUAGUGAUGGAGGCGCUAAGAUUAAGGGCUACAUUGUACAGAAGAAGGCAAAAGGAGAUAAGGAUUGGUCAGAUGCUAGUGGAGCACCUAUUCCUGUUACAGUCUUUAAGGUACCAAAUCUUAAAGAAGGGGAUGAGUAUCAGUUCCGUGUAAUUGCUGUCAAUGAUGUAGGGCCAUCAGAACCUAGCAGACCUAGUCAGAAUGUACUUAUUGAGGAGCAGCCUAAUAAACCAUGUAUGGAUUUGGGAGCAUUACGUGAUAUUACGGUGCGUGCUGGUGAAGAUUUCUCCAUCCAUGUGCCAUAUGUUGCCUUCCCUAAGCCAACUGCAUCUUGGUUUGCAAAUGAUAAUUUACUGGAUGAGGCUGAUACUAGAGUAUUCCACCAGCUGGCUGAUGACUUUGCAAGCAUUGUUGUCAAGAAUUCUAAGAGAUCAGAUACUGGCCAGUAUAGGCUUCAGCUACGGAACCCAUCUGGAUAUGAUACAGCUACAGUCAAUGUCCGUGUGCUAGAUCGACCUGGUCCUCCAGAAAAUCUCCGUGCUGAUGAAUUCGCAGGAGAUGCACUUACUUUAUACUGGAACCCACCAAAGGAUAAUGGUGGUGGUGACAUUACCAAUUAUAUUGUAGAGAAGAAAGAACCAAGGUCACCAACAUGGUCAAAAGUGAGCAGUUAUGUGACUACACCAUUCUGUAGAUUACGAAACUUGGUUAUUGGACAUGAGUAUGAAUUCCGUGUAAUGGCUGAAAACCAAUAUGGUGUUUCGGAUCCUGCUGUAACGAAAGACCCAGUCAGAGCACGACAUCCAUUUGAUCCUCCUGGAGCACCAGGUGCACCACGUGGAGUUGAAACAUCAGAAGAUUCUAUUACAAUUGCAUGGACAAAACCACGCCACGAUGGAGGAUCACCUAUAACUGGCUAUAUCAUAGAAAAGAAGUUAAUAAAUGAAGACAAGUGGACCAAAGCCAAUCAUGUGCUGAUUCAGGAUCUAAGUUACAAAGUGGGCAGUCUGAUUGAAAAUCAUGAAUAUGAGUUCCGAGUGGCAGCAGUAAAUGCUGCUGGACAAGGCCCAUGGAGUUCAGCCUCUGAUGCUAUUUGUUGCAGGCCACCUCCAAGCUCACCUAAGAUCACAAGCGAUCUUAGCAUCAGAGACAUGACAGUCAUUGCAGGAGAAGAGUUCACUAUAACAGUUCCUUUCACGGGUAAUCCGGUACCAAAACCCACAUGGACCAUUAAUGGAGAAGAAGUCAUUCCAGGAGAUAGAAUCAAAUUUGAAACUACCUCCAACCAGACAGUAUUCCACAAUAGAUGUGCAAGAAGGAGUGAUAUGGGCAAUUACACAAUACAGUUAGUGAAUAUUGAAGGCUCAGAUACUGCUUCUUGCAAGGUUUUGGUUGUAGAUAAACCACUGCCACCUCAGGGACCACUAGAUGUGUCUGACAUCACUCCUGAGACUUGUUCCUUGAGCUGGAAGCCCCCAUUAGAUGAUGGUGGCUCUCCUAUCACAAACUAUGUAGUGGAGAAACUUGACCCUACUUCUGGAUUGUGGACCAAAGUAAGCAGUUUUGUGAGAAGCUGUCACUAUGAUGUCAUUGGGUUGGAACCAAACAGAAAAUACAGCUUCAGAGUUCGUGCAGAAAACCAAUAUGGUGUCAGUGAGCCACUGGAAACAGAUCAGCCAAUCACAGCAAAGUUUGCAUUUACGGUACCAGACCCACCAGGACAGCCACGUGUAACUGACUGGGAGAGUGGAAAUAUAACUCUGAUCUGGGACAGGCCAUUAAGUGAUGGAGGUUCCAGAAUUCAAGGCUACAAAGUUGAGUACAGAGAUGUGGCUGAAGAUCCUCAGUGGCGAGUUGCCAACGACUAUCUUGUCAAAGACACAACAUACACUGUCCAUAGUUUGCUGCAAGGCAGAGAGUAUGAAUUCCGAGUCAGGGCAAAGAAUGCUGCAGGAUUUAGCAAACCUUCACCACCAUCAUCACGCUUCCAACUGAAGGGCAAAUUCAAUGUUCCUUCUCCACCAGGAACACCAAAAGUAGUGAAAGUAGGAAAGAGCUAUGUCGAUCUGACCUGGGAACCACCCAUAUCUGAUGGUGGUAGCAGAAUAACAGGCUACAUUAUUGAGCGCCGUGAAGUUGGUGGACCUCCAUGGGCUCGCUGCAAUGAGUACAAUGUUACAGACUGUAGUUACACUGUUCUAAACUUAGUAGAACGGGCAGACUAUGAGUUUAGAAUAUUUGCAGUCAAUGCUGCAGGUCGCAGCGAACCUAGUUCCUGUACAACACCAGUCAAAAUAUGUGAAGUUGAGGGAGGGGAAAAACCGGAGUUUGUACGACAUUUACUUCCAACUACUGUACCACUUAAUAGUUCUGUUGUACUUGAAUGUGAAGCAACUGGCAAGCCACCUCCAUCUGCAAGGUGGCUUCGUAAUGGGCGAGAGAUUAUGCCUGGUGGAAGAUUUCGAAUGGAGUCCAAAGGUGGUGUAUUUAGACUCAUUAUCUCAGAAGUUUGGGAAGUUGAUGAUGGUGACUACACCUGUGAAGCAAAUAAUACUAUUGGCUUCGUUACAACAACUGCCAGAUUAAAGAUUGGAGCACCACCAAGAAUUGAUAGGAUGCCAGGUGACUUGUAUCUGCCAGAGGGUGAUAAUACAAAGAUCAAAAUCUAUUACUCUGGUGAUCAGCCUAUGGAAGUAACUCUGACCAAAGAUGGCAGAAAGAUUGAUGAAACAACUCACAUAAAGUACACUGUAUUCGAUGAAUACCUCAUAAUAUUUAUCAAAGAAAUAGUGAAGUCAGAUGCUGGAACUUACACACUAAAUGUGAAAAAUGAUAGUGGAAGUGUGUCUGCUUCAUUUACUGUUUAUAUAACAGGGUUGCCAGGUCCACCAAUUGGUCCUCUGGAUGUGUCUGAUAUAACUAAGCAUACUUGCACACUCAGUUGGAAGCCUCCAACAUAUGAUGGUGGUCUUCGCAUCACCCAUUAUGUGGUGGAGAGGCGAGACAUAUCAUUGUCCCACUGGAUCAUUGUAUCUAGCUUCUGCAAAGAUACAGUUUUCACUGUGCAAGGACUUACUGAAGGUCAGGAGUAUCUGUUUAGAGUUAUGGCAGCCAAUGAUAACGGCAUGGGCCCACCUCUUGAAGGCACUAAUCCAGUCAAAGCAAAGGCUCCAUUUGAUCCACCUUCUGCACCUGGCGUACCAGUUGUAAAGGAGGUUGGUGGAGACUUUGUCAAUUUGUCAUGGGAGAAACCAGAAUCAGAUGGUGGUUCUCGAAUCCAAGGUUACUGGAUAGAUAAACGUGAGGUUGGCAGUGAAGCAUGGCAAAGAGUAAGUGCUACUCUUUGCGUGGCAACCACAAUUAACAUUUCCAAUCUUAUUGAAGGCCGUCAGUAUGAGUUCAGAGUAUUUGCACAAAAUGUUGCGGGCAUAAGUCCACCCUCUACAGCAUCUACAUCUGUGAAAAUAAAAGAUCCACAUGCUGCUCAGCCACCAGAAAUUGUGAAGCCGUUGAGAAAUGUGAGUGCAGUACAGAAUCGAAAUGCAGAAUUCAAAUGCACCAUCACUGGGUCACCAAGACCAGUUAUUACAUGGUAUAAGGGUGCAAGAGAGCUUUCACAAAGUAUGAAAUAUCAUAUGCUAACUGAAGGUGACAGCUAUUCACUGAUAAUUAAUGACAUUUUUGGGGAGGAUGCUGAUGAAUAUGUAUGUAGAGCUGUGAAUAAAGGAGGAGUGAAGUCUACCCGUGCAGAACUCUUCAUUAUGACACCACCAAAGCUUAAUGUUCCACCUCGAUUCAGAGAUUCAGCAUUCUUUGACAAAGGAGAAAAUGUGGUUAUUAAAAUACCUUUCACUGGUCACCCUAAACCAAGAAUAACAUGGACCAAGGAUGGAGAAACUAUUGAGUCUGGUGGACAUUUUGCCCUAGAAGUUAAGGAAAGGCAUGCUGUGCUAACUAUUCGUGAUGGUAGCAAACUCGACAGUGGCCCAUAUCGCAUUGUUGCAGAAAAUGACUUGGGAAUGGAUUCAGCAAUAAUCAAAAUUCAGAUUAGUGAUCGGCCAGAUCCACCUAGGUUCGUCAAUGCAGAGAACAUUGGACAUGACUCCCUUGCUCUCUCAUGGCAACCUCCAUCAUGGGAUGGUGGCAGCGGUAUUACGAACUACUUGGUAGAGAAGCGUGAACAUCCCAUGUCCAGCUGGAUACGUGUUGGAAACACCAGGUUCACUACGAUGGCAGUUACGGGUCUUAGCCCUGGUCAUGAGUAUGAGUUCAGAGUGUAUGCUGAAAAUAUUUAUGGAAGAAGUGAUCCGAGCUCAACAUCAACCCUCAUAAAAAUGAAAGACACUGGAAAGAAGAUUGUUAGGAAGAAAAAAUAUGAAGUUGAUGCCACUGGUAAGAAGAUCAGAGGACAAGCUGAUGGAAAAGUGUCCGAUUAUGACCAGUAUGUCUUCGAUAUCUACUCUAAAUAUGUGCCACAACCAGUGGAAAUUAAAACAACUAGUGUCUAUGAUUAUUAUGACAUUCUGGAAGAAAUUGGCACAGGAGCAUUUGGUGUUGUGCAUCGCUGCCGUGAAAGGAAGACUGGCAACAUUUUUGCAGCAAAAUUCAUUCCAGUGUCCCAUGCUAUGGAGAAGGAACUGAUUAAAAAGGAAAUUGAUAUUAUGAAUCAGCUGCAUCAUCCUAAACUCAUCAAUUUACAUGAUGCAUUUGAAGAUGAUGAUGAAAUGGUGUUAAUAUUUGAGUUUUUGUCUGGUGGAGAGCUGUUUGAACGAAUCACUGCUGAGGGUUACUCAAUGUCUGAAGCUGAGGUCAUCAACUACAUGCGGCAGAUAUGUGAAGGUGUCAAACAUAUGCAUGAGAAGAAUAUAAUUCAUCUAGAUAUAAAGCCAGAAAAUAUUAUGUGCCAGACAAGGAACAGCACAAAUGUUAAACUCAUAGACUUUGGAUUGGCAACAAAGCUGGAUCCUAAUGAGGUAGUCAAAAUAUCAACAGGAACAGCAGAAUUUGCAGCACCAGAAAUUGUAGAAAGAGAACCAGUAGGAUUUUACACUGACAUGUGGGCAGUUGGUGUACUUGCAUAUGUUCUCCUAAGUGGACUGUCACCUUUUGCUGGAGAUAAUGACAUUGAAACACUGAAAAAUGUUAAAGCUUGUGACUGGGAUUUCGAUGAAGAGGCAUUUGCAAAUGUAUCUGAUGAAGGCAAAGAUUUCAUUCGAAGGCUUUUAGUGAAAAAUAAAGAGAAAAGGAUGACUGCUCAUGAAUGUCUUCUUCAUGCCUGGCUUACUGGUGAUCACAGCAAACGCACUAAUGUCAUCAGUUCCUCAAGGUACACGAAUAUACGUGACAAAAUUAGAGCAAAAUACACAGAUUGGGAUGCAUUCAUCCUACCUAUUGGUAGGCUUGCAGAGUACAGUUCUCUACGCAAACUGUUGGUGGACAAGUAUCGCAUUCAUGACACUUCAUUUGACCGCAGACAAGCUGCCCCAAGGUUCGUAAUCAAACCACAAAGUGCUUUUGCCUAUGAGGGACAAAGUGCUAAGUUCUAUUGCAGAGUAAUUGCAAUAGCCACACCAACAUUGACGUGGUACCAUAACAAUGCUGAACUGAAACAAAGUGUAAAAUUCAUGAAGCGUUAUGGAGGUGAUGAUUACACAUUCAUUAUCAACAGAGUUAAACUGGAAGACAGAGGAGAGUACAUAAUUAGGGCAGAGAACCACUACGGCUAUCGUGAAGAAGUCGUAUUCCUCAAUGUCCAACCCAUUCCAAAAGAGAUUCCACAGUACAGACCUGAAGUCCAGCCUGUAAGACGCCGUGAGCCGUUGUCCUAUGCUCUGUGGCAAGAUGAAAGAGAGAGUGCACCAAGUUUUACAUUCCAUUUGCGACCCAGGGUCAUGCAGAUACGACAGACUUGCAAACUGCUGUGCUGUCUCAGCGGAAAACCAGUACCAACGGUAAAAUGGUACAAAGACAAGAGAGAACUGUCCAAAUAUGACUACACUAUGACACAUGCAGAUGGUGUAGUAACAAUGGAAAUUGUGGACUGUAAACCAGAAGAUUCUGGGAAAUAUAGAUGUGUUGCCACAAAUAUCCAUGGGACUGAUGAAACAAGUUGUGUUGUUAUUGUAGAAGGCUAUGGAUCUACUGCAGAGCAAACCGAGUUAGCUAACAAACUGAUGUAUUCUGGAGAUCGGCGAUAUAUUGAACAACCGAGCCGACCUACAGCAAGCCCUUCUGUAUCUGUUCGGAGAUCCAGCUACAGAGCCUCAGACACUUACAGCAGUUCUGAUUACCGUGGUAGUUCCAGCUCAUCGGUGAAACAGAGUUCAACCAGUCAUUCAAAUUACAAGUCUGCGGCAACAAUAGCUAUGAGUGCAAGUUCAUCAGAGAACAAGACAACGCAGUCUUCUGACAAGCGUGUCAUGAAGAAGUACGGCAGUAAGCUCGAUACAACAGGCAGCCCAUCGAGGUCCAGAAGUGCCACCAAGGAGCUAAUAUUGCCACCUGAUGAUUCCUUAAUGUGUGCUCCUGCAUUUACUAAGAAAUUGGAAGAUCUCACCAUAAAUGAUGGUGAUCAUUUGCAGUUGAGCUGCACUGUCACAGGAGAUCCAGACCCCCAGAUCACCUGGAGUAAGAAUGGAGAGACUUUGACUUCUUCUGACAUUAUUGACUUGAAGUACAAAGGAGGCAUUGCUAGCCUCACAAUAAAUGAAGUUUUCCCAGAAGAUGAAGGAGAAUACUGCUGUGAGGCUACAAAUUCCAUAGGGACUGCAAAGACAAAGUGUAAACUCAAAGUUAAACCAAUGGAGUCAGCUGCUGGAGCCAAAAGCAAAGGUGGUGACUCUGCUCCAAAGAUUGUGAGUCACUUAGAAUCUGCAUAUGUCAAAGAUGGAGAGCCAGUUACAUUGUCCUGCAGGAUUAUUGGUGCGAAAAAGUUUGAUGUAAUUUGGCUCCACAAUAAUAAAGAAAUUAAGCCAAGUAAAGAUUUUGAAUACACAAAUGAAGCAAAUAUAUACAAACUUAAUAUUGCUGAAAUAUUCCCAGAAGAUUCCGGCACUUACACAUGUGAGGCAUUCAAUGAUGCUGGUGAAUCAUUCAGCAGUUGUACACUUGUUGUACUAGUUCCUAAUGAGGAGCCAAAGAGUCCAGUUUUCAAAACAUUCCCACAGUCUGCCACAGUGCAAGAAGCUGAAAGUGUGAGGUUUGAGUGUGAGACAGAGAAAGUUCCAGUCAAAGUGACAUGGUUGAAGGAUGGAAAACCUGUUGAUGAACAAAGUUCAAAUUACCAGUUCAUUAUGGAUGGCAAAAAGAAGUUCAAGUUUGAGAUAGUAAAAUGUACAUCUCUGGAUGUUGGACAGUACACAGCAAAAGCUGUAGGGAAGAAAGGAGAAACUACAGCUGCAUUUGCUCUCAAUGUGUGCCCUCCUGGUGAACUCUGAAGACCAUACCACUAGUUGUAAGCGAAGUACAUUGUUGUUGAGUCUCUGUUUAAUGCCAUUGUGUUCCUGAGGGAGCUUGGAAAUGACCAACUUGGAUGAGCUGAGUGACAGCCUGUCAUGAAAAGUGCAAAAAUAAAUAUAUACAUAUAAGUUAUCAUAUAUUUAUUUUAGAUAAAACAUUGUUCCUUUAUCCAUAUAUUCAUACAUUGUGCCAUAUUAUUUGUAAAAAUUAUUUGCCAGCAUCCUCAAAGUGACACACAAAUUAAAUUAUUGACUGAACAUCAUGCAUCAUGAAACAGUUUUCUACCCAUCACCAACAUAAAAUCAUCGACAUUAUUUAAAUAUAGCAUAUUCAUCAUAUCACAUCCAUUAAUUUGUUAAUGUAAUUUCUCUGUCAUUUUAGUCUGAAUUGAAAACUGUUGUCAUCAUGUAUGAUGGACUCUAGUCAACUGAAGUUUGGUCCCUAAAUGUUAUGCAAUCAGAAAUGGAUACACACAGGUAUGUCUGUGUGGAUGACAACACGCGUGUGCAGCACGUGCAUUUCGGAGGAUGAUUGUGAGUGUGAAAGGGAGUGAGGUUGGUUCUGGAUGUGUGUGCAUGCAUGCAUGUGUGUACAUAUAUAUAUGUAUAUGUGAAAGUAUUUUUUUACUGAUUGCUUUAAGAAAUAAAUAUUUUUAUUAAGACCUGAAUUUUAGUAAGUAUGUAUUAUUAAAUUAUUUUGUACAAUUCAUUUGUAUGUAAAUGGAUGAAGGGCAUUUAAACUAGUGAUGUUUGUACUUCGAUUUACUUUCCAAUUGCUUAAAACUAUGAAAACUGUAGCUUUGUUCGUAUGGAACUGGGUGUUAUUCUUCUGUCUUUAGAGUUCCUUUUUCUCUAAACAUUGUAAAAAAACUAAACUGUCUAUUUUAUGUAAAAGACAAGAGUUUAACACGCAGACUUCUGUAUCUUGUAAUGUUUGUGUACUUAUUCUCAACAGAACUCACAACUCUGUAUAGUUCAAUGGUAUGGUGUAUGAAUAAACGGUAAUGUGAACAGACAA